GGAAACCCCGUGGAAGGGGUCGCCGCCAUCUUGGAUAAAGUGUGUGUGUCCCUCUCUCUCUCUCUCUCUCUCUGUCUCUGAGGAGGAGAAAAGGAGGUGGAAGAGGAGGGGCGGAAAGAUCAUAAAGGAACAACAAAUAAAGGGGGGAUAGUUAAAACUGAACAAUUAAACAAAGAAGCAAAGAGGAGGAGGAAGAGGCCUAGUGCUGCUGCUGCUACUGCUAUUAAGUCGACGACGCCUUGAUAAACAGAGGGAGCCUCGGAGGGAGACAUCCUGCCGCCGCCGCCCGGAGCCAAGCUGCCCAGCCACCAGCCCCUCGAGCCCAGUGCCACAAUGGCAACUGCACCUUACAACUAUUCCUACAUCUUUAAGUACAUCAUUAUCGGGGACAUGGGUGUAGGAAAGUCCUGCUUGCUCCACCAGUUUACAGAAAAGAAAUUUAUGGCGGAUUGUCCCCAUACAAUUGGUGUUGAGUUCGGUACAAGAAUAAUUGAAGUUAGUGGCCAAAAAAUUAAGCUGCAGAUCUGGGAUACAGCAGGACAAGAGCGAUUCAGAGCUGUCACACGGAGCUACUACAGAGGAGCAGCAGGAGCUCUUAUGGUCUAUGAUAUUACUAGAAGAAGCACGUAUAAUCAUCUAAGCAGCUGGCUGACAGAUGCAAGGAACCUAACUAAUCCAAAUACUGUGAUAAUUCUUAUAGGAAAUAAAGCGGAUCUGGAAGCCCAGAGGGAUGUGACAUACGAAGAAGCCAAACAGUUUGCUGAAGAGAACGGGUUGCUGUUUCUUGAAGCAAGUGCAAAAACAGGAGAGAACGUCGAGGACGCAUUCCUAGAGGCUGCCAAGAAGAUCUACCAGAACAUCCAAGAUGGGAGCCUGGAUCUCAACGCUGCCGAGUCGGGCGUACAGCACAAGCCUUCGGCUCCUCAAGGCGGCCGGCUAACCAGCGAACCCCAGCCCCAGAGAGAAGGCUGUGGCUGCUAGUGACCUCACUUCCUUGGCUCUGUUUCCUGACCUUUCACCUCUGUUAGGAGCAGUGCUUUUGGCUGCUUCAGUUUUCCUCUGUACAUCUUAAACCCGGGUUUAAUUAAAACUCCUGAGGCAACAGUUUAACACAGUACUAAACUGCUAAAAAUAAUAAAUAAAAAUAAGAGAAACUUAGAUGUAAUCAGGUUAUCAAAGGCAAGUAGAGUCAUAUCCUCUCCCUGCAUGGUAAAUCUAGAAGUCUUUAAGGCCCGUUCCUCCUUCCCUCCCUUCGGUCCCUCCGCCAUGAUUGUCCUUGUGAAUAGAUGUCACCAAUCCAUGAUUUAUAAAAACAGAGCACUGAUGCUGGACCUCAUGAUUUUUACUCUUACUCUCCUUCUCUCUGCAGGGCUUUGUCUUUCUCGUAAGGUUUAACUUUGUUAGCUUCAGCCUUUCUUCUCAAUCUGUAACUGGUCUGAAUCUGUCCCGUUUUAGUCAGAGGGGGGGGGGGGGGGAUGGGCUUUG